AUGCCAACAGCAGCGCUGACUUUGCCUCCAGUAGAAUGCUGUUCUAAGUGCUCAGCAAUUAGAUUUAUUUUUGAACCGCUUGGAUUUUGUUGUUCAGAUGGUGAAGUUGAGAUUGCAUCCAAUUCAUUCCCAUCAGAACUCAUUCGACUCUUCACUUCCCUAGAUGAUGAUGCUGUGCACUUUAGAACAUAUGCACGCCUUUAUAAUAACCUCUUUGCUUUCAGUUCUCUCGGUGGCGACUUUGAUUCAUGCACUCAAAAAGGCAUUUACGUAUUCAAGUUACAUGGCCAAAUCUAUCACUUUAUACCAAAUCUGUUACCUACAAACGAUAACCCAAAAUUCUUACAACUAUACUUCUAUGAUGCUCAGCAUGAAUCAGAAAAUCGUUUGAAUCUGUUCCCUGAAUUGAGGGCUGAUGUGAUCGCUAUUUUGAUGGAAAUCAUGCAGCACAACCCCUAUGCUAAAUUUUUCAAAUCCCUUCGCGAACUUGAUGUUGCGGAGGAUACAGAAAUACGAUUAAACAAAGAUCAUGUGCUUGACCAGCGCGUAUAUAAUGCUCCAACUGCUGAAGAGGUCGCUGUAAUAUGGGCCGAGGAUUCUGCAACCAGCGUGACUGGUGGGCCCCAUAUUAUUGUCCAUGGUAAGGCUGAACGUGAGCACAGGAUCAUGCACUAUUAUGGCUGUUAUGAUCCGCUGCAGUAUCCCCUCCUUCGGCCCUACGGUGAUUGUGGUUGGCAUCACGGUCUUAAAAAAACAGGCAGUGGUGGACGUAGGCAGCGUGCGCUUGCUCAGCAAAACUUCGCUGCAGCAUUAGCGACGGAUGUAGAUACCUUCUUAGCUGGUGUAGCUUCGGUUGCGGCGCAGGUUAAAACGAGUAGAACCCAUAUUUCUUGCAGGGCAUAUUAUGCAUAUCUUCUGCAAAUGCGUUCUCGUAACUACAUUUUGCGAGCGUGUCGGUUAUUCCAACAAUUCAUUGUUGAUAUGUAUGUGAAGCUUGAAAACACCCGUUUGGAUUUUUUUAGGCACAACCAAGCAACAAUUCGGGCAGAGUUGUAUCAAGGCAUUUUGGAUUGCAUUGAAGGUGGCGAGAAUAGUGGAGCUAAUGUGGGUCAUAGAGUUAUUCUGCCGCCUACCUUCCUUGGUGGCCCCCGUGACAUGAAGCGGCGUUACUUAAAUGCACUGACUCUGGUGCAACGAUAUGGCAAGCCUGAUCUAUUUAUUACAAUGACAUGUAAUCCAAACUGGCGAGAGAUAAAGGCCUGUCUUGCUCCAGGUGAAUUUGCCCAACUACGGCCAGAUAUUGUUGCCCGUGUUUUUCGUGCGAAGUUGCUCAACUUGAAAAAAAUGCUUGUCGAGGACAGUGUUUUGGGUGAGGUUGCAGCAUACACGUAUGUUGUUGAAUUCCAAAAACGCGGUUUACCACAUGCACACUUAUUGCUUAUUAUGAAGCCAUCUUACAAAAUCAAAGAACCUGAUGCAUUUGACAAGUUUAUAAGUGCUGAAAUUCCUGAUGAGAGCAACCCUCACUUGCGGAGAAUAGUUUUAAGCCACAUGAUGCAUGGCCCAUGUGGAAAAGCUAACACCGAAUGUCCUUGUAUGAAACACAAAAGUAGCCCAGGAACAUGCAAGUAUGGGUAUCCAAAGGCAUUUAGAGAAGAAACGAGUACACAUGAAAAUGGUUUUCCGCUUUACAGGCGGAGAAAUAGUGGCCAAAAUCCUAUCAUCCGCAAGUUCGCCAUGGACAAUAGAUGGGUUAUCCCAUAUAAUCCUUACCUCUCCGCUCUCUUUGAUUGUCAUUUAAAUGUUGAAGUUUGCUCAACCAUCCAAGCAGUGAAAUACAUAUACAAGUAUGUUUACAAAGGGCAUGACAAAAUUUCAUUUGCUGUGUCAAAUCAAAAAGAAUCAAAACCAGUUGAUGAAAUUACACAAUUCCAAACUGGUCGUUGGGUCUCGCCGUGUGAGGCUGCAUGGAGAAUUUUUUCAUUUGAUCUGUUUGAAAUGUAUCCUCCUGUGCUCCCCCAUCAAGUUCAUUUGCCCAAUGCACAAACAGUCCAGUUCAAUCCCACGGAACAACUUGCUCGCAUUGUGGCAAGUGAUGCAAGGUCUCGAACAUCGCUCACCGAGUUUUUCAAAGUAAAUGCAGCUGAAAACGGUGCAGCCCAGUUAUUAUACUCAGAGUUUCCAGAACAUUACGUGUGGACUGCUUCUGCAAAAACAUGGACUAAAAGAAUCCACAAAAGAUUUGUUGUUGGCCGUUUAAUAUUUGUUGUUCCAGCAGAGGGUGAGCGAUACUUCCUACGCCUUCUUCUAGCUAAUGUACGUGGACCUAAGUCAUUUGAUGACCUGCGAACCGUCGAUGGUCACCUAUGUGCAACAUUCCAAGAAGCAGCAUUAAAAUUAGGCUUACUUGAAGAAGAUGAUUCCAUUAUCAGGUGCAUGGAAGAGGCAUCUGGUGUUGAGAUGACAAGUGCAUUGCGCGGUUUGUUCACGACAAUCUUAAUAUUUUGUAAGCCUAGCAACCCUCUGGCCUUGUGGCACCAGUUCUACAGUAACCUAUCUGAGGACUUCGCGCGGAAGUUCCCACACGAAAAGGCUAAAAUUGCGCUACUAACUAUAAAAGCAGUUGAACAGCUCCUUGAAGAUAUGGGGAAAACUUUGGAAGAUUUUGAUCUGCAUGGUUUGAAGGGGUCUGAAAGUGAUGAGAUCAGAAGAACUAAAGAUAUUGUUGAUGCACUUGAUGCACCAAUACCAGAUGAGUACAAAGAAGCACGCGUGCAUUUGAAUUGCAAGCAACAGGAGGCAUUUAAUUCUAUUAUGGAACACAUUCAAAGGGGGGAAGCUGCCACCUUCUUUGUAGACGGCCCAGGAGGAACGGGCAAGACGUACCUUUAUCAAGCACUGUAUGCAGAAGUACGUUUGAUGAACAAAAUUGUACUACCUGUAGCAACGUCAGGUAUUGCUGCAGCAAACAUAGUCACUGGACGAACUGCUCAUUCACGGUUUAAAAUACCUCUUGAUCAUACUGUUUCGAAGGCUUGCAACGUGUCCAAGCAAAGCGGACUUGCAGCGCUUAUAAAAGAAACUUCGUUAAUCAUUUGGGAUGAGUCUUCAAUGGCUCGGAAGGAAAACAUAGAAUCGCUGGACCUACUGUUGCGAGACUUAUAUGAUCCCAAUGUUCCAUUUGGAGGAAAAGUUGUUGUCUUUGGUGGUGAUUUCCGUCAAGUUUUGCCUGUCGUGCCACAAAAAACUCAAAAUGAAGUUGUUGAAGCUAGCCUUGUGUCAUCUACAUUGUGGUCCACAUUUACGCGCUUUAGCCUCACCGAAAAUAUGCGUGCACGAGAAGAUCAGGCAUUCUCUGAAUUCUUACUUGAUCUUGGGAAUGGAUCGCUUCAAACUGCUGAAGUUGCAUCUAUUCGAAUACUGCCACAGAUUGUUCUUCCAUUUGAUGCGAAUCCCAAUUGUGUGGGUGAGCUUGUAAGAAGCGUCUUCCCAGAGAUCAGUGUAGGUCCAUUUCCUGACAAUUUCUUUACAGAUCGAGCUGUUUUAACUCCUAUGAAUGAAGAUGUUGAUGGAGUGAACAACGAUCUGAUAGCCAAGUUUCCUGGAGAGUCAGUUGUCUACAAGAGUUUUGAUAUGAUUCUUGAUGAUGCUUGCAACAUGUAUCCAACAGAGUUCCUAAACACCCUCUGUCCAGGCGGUAUGAGUCCGCAUGAAUUAGUCUUGAAAGAAAACAGCCCGGUUAUUCUACUGCGAAACCUUGCUCCAGCUGCUGGUUUGUGCAAUGGUACACGAUUGAUUUGUAAGCGCUUUCUUCCAAAAAUUAUUGAAUGUGUGAUAAUUACUGGUCAUCACAAAGGUGAGUAUGUGUUCUUGCCCCGCAUCAAUCUCAGGCCAUCCAUAUCAGCUAACUACCCUUUCCAAUUCCAAAGAAAACAGUUUCCUAUAAAGCUCAGUUUUGCAAUGACUAUUAACAAGUCACAAGAAGAGGGUACAAAACACUAG